GCGCUGAUUGUAAACAAAAUACAAAACAAAACACUUUUAACUUUUUAAUUAUAAUUGCAAUUAACAAACAGUGGGAACAAAAUGGUGUUCAAGUUUCCCAAAGCCCAUUGGAUGUACAAAAACUAUCCGACGACAAGUGUGGAUAAAAUGAUACCACGGAUGCGAUACGAGAUACCGGGCGAACCCAUUCGCGUGAAGGGCGACACCGAAUGGCGCCGACAGCUGUACGGCAAACACAUACGGCUCAAGACGAUCGCCCGUUCGGUGAACGAUCUGAUCCGCGACGAGCGCAUACAACUCUCCUAUUGGAAGGCAUACGAGAUCCGCAACUAUACCGAAAGGGUAAUCACCAGAGACUGUGUGGACCAGUGCUUCCCGAGCCAU